GAUCUUCUUGUUAGCCUACUUCCUGGAGUAAGGUCGAGUCAGUAGAGUAGAGCUGUAAUAAGCUGCCGGUGAUAGAGUAAAUCAGGCAGAGAUAUCAAGCGGCGAAUUUGCUUAGUAUACAAAAAGAAUAAGGUGACGAAAGGGGCUAUAUUGGCUUUGUCUACAGCAAACAACAUGGACUAUUUGACGGCCCUGGGGGUGUACGGGGAGAUGCUGAAGAUUUACCUGGAGCACGUUCGGCAGCUGGUGAACUCCAGCUGCCAGGACCUGGAGGCCUGGCAGAUCAUCGCUGGCUCGGUCGCGUCCACCGUCCUGGCCGUCUGGUUCAAAGAGCUGCUCUUUCAGAGGGAGAGUCUGACGUCCAGGAUAAAGAAGCAGUGCUUUCGGUUGAUAAGAAGAAUCCCGUUCGUCGGGGCUACAAUCCAGGCUCAGUUGAACAAGGCCCUGGAUGACAUGUCGGUGAGCCUGUGCACGCUGAAGGAGGGCAUGUCCUACAUCAAAUCCCUGCCCGCUCACGGUCUGACUCAGACGCAGGUCCUGGGCGCCAUCAAGCAGUACGACAGCCUGGGUGAGGUCCAGUGGGAAAAGGGCAAGGUGUCGGGGGCUGUCUACAGCGGGGACUCCAAGCUGACGAAUCUCCUGGUGAAGGUGUAUGGCGACUUCGCCUGGAGCAACCCGCUGCACCCCGAUGUUUUUCCGGGCGUGCGGAAAAUGGAGGCGGAGGUGGUGCGGAUGAGCUGCACGCUCUUUCACGGGGGACCCCGGUCCUGCGGAACGGUCACAUCGGGGGGGACGGAGAGCAUCCUGAUGGCCUGCAAAGCGUACAGAGACAUGGCGUACGAGAGGGGCGUCAAACACCCAGAGAUCCUGGCGCCCGUGAGCGUGCACGCCGCGUUCGACAAGGCGGCGCACUACUUCGGCAUGAAGCUCGUCCACAUACCCCUGGUGAAGGAAACCAUGAAGGUCGACGUCAAGGCCAUGAGGAGGGCGAUCUCCAGGAACACGGCCAUGUUGGUGUGCUCCGCCCCGCAGUUCCCUCAUGGAGUCAUCGAUCCCAUACAGGAAGUGGCUCAGUUGGCUGUGAGGUACAACAUUCCCAUGCACGUGGACGCCUGUUUGGGGGGGUUCCUCAUCGUCUUCAUGGACAAGGCCGGCUUCCCGCUCGCCCCCUUUGACUUCCGGGUCGAGGGCGUGACCAGCAUCUCCGCAGACACGCACAAGUAUGGCUUUGCCCCGAAGGGCUCCUCGGUGAUCCUGUACUCGGACCAGAAGUACCGGCACUACCAGUACUUUGUGGCGCCGGACUGGCAGGGGGGCAUCUACGCCUCCCCCUCGGUAGCGGGGUCCCGCCCCGGGGGCAUCAUCGCCGCCUGCUGGGCCACCAUGAUGCACAUGGGCGAGAACGGCUACGUGGAGGCCACCCGGAAGAUCAUCCAGACCGCACGCUUAAUCGAGGCCGGGUGCCGUAAAGUGGACGGGCUGUUGGUGUUUGGGCAGCCUGAGGUCUCCGUGGUGGCCCUGGGGUCCAGCGUCUUCGACAUCUUCAGGUUGUCCAACGCGCUCACCGCCAAAGGCUGGAACCUGAACUCGUUACAGUUCCCUUCCAGCAUCCACAUCUGCGUGACCCUGCUGCACACGCAGCCGGGCGUGGCCGAGCAGUUCGUCGGCGACGUCACGGACCUGGUGGCCGUCAUCAUGAAGAACCCAAAGGAGAAAACCACUGGCAUGGGCGCCAUCUACGGCAUGGCCCAGUCCAUCCCCGACCGCUCCAUGGUGACGGAGAUCUCGCGGGGGUUCCUGGACUGCCUGUACAACACCGACGCCCCUGUCCCGGAGAAGAACCACAUGAAUGGGACGUCCAAGCACCACUGAGCGUGUGACAGGCCCCCCCCCUCCUCCAGUACCUCCAGUGUUCAUUUCCCCUUCGUUGCCUUAUCUUGUCCCUUUUUUUGAAAUUCUUGUUUUCUAAUUUCCUGUCGAAAAGCACAAAUCACUGUUCUUUGUUUGGUUAGAGACGACUGUCCGGCUUCUCUGGAGAGACGGACGUAAGGAUUGUAAACGACCUAACGAGGGUGGAACCAUCCUUCCUCAAACGUGGGGGGGGGAGGGAGGGUUUUGGUUCAGUUUAUUUCAUGCACUCGGGGUUUUAACUUUGGGAGAAAAAUUGGGAUUGGCUGAGCUUGGCUCAAGGCCCGCCUCUUUCCGUGGUUUACGUUCAGCUCCGGAUGCGAUUGGCUCCCGUAAGCAUUGACUGUUGUCCUCAGCCAGCCUACCCAGAAAGUGUUAGGCGUUUGAGAUUAAAGGUACUACCCUGUGACUUGCAAAUCACAGUCCUAUUGGGUGAUGAUAAUAAUGAAUUAGAAUGCUCUGGGAAAUGACCACUAGCUUUUUCAGUACAGAGCCAAAAAUCCUGCUCUUGAGAUCCACGCGCUGCUCAAUGGAGAUCUCAGUGCUGACCAGUCGGAGUGUUCCGCGUUCAGCGUCAGUCCAUAUUGCCGUUUCCAUUUCACUUUAGUAUAAACCCGAAGCCCAGAUCAGUCCCAGCAGCCUAGCCUGUUCUAACCUGUCACAUUAGUAACACAAGGGAAAUGAUGAGAGGUUCUGGUUCUGAAACCAUUUUGUCUGCCGCGUGCUAAUGUUGAACGAGUGCAGGCGAAAGGCCUCCGAGUCACCUGACCACAAGAACAAACUAACCAAAACUUCCACGCUCCACUGCAGAGUUAACGCACUUUAAACCGGGAGCUGAGCAACUGCAAUGGUUUCUUCCUCAGAAUCUGAUUGGGCGAGUUGGCAAUGAUGCCAUAAACAGAUAAACUGACAUGACGUGAUACAAAUGAGUAUCAAAGACAUGGCGUGAUCCAAUGAGUAUAAAAAGAGUUCUAAAUGGAGCAUUUUUUGCAUAGACGAUCCAAAUAAUGUAUUGGGUAAAAAUAGCGUUAAAAAAAGGCAAAGAAAGCUUGUUGAACUUUUAUAAAAAUAAAAAAUGAAGAAUAAGAAAGUUAGUUGAUUGUAAAUAUAGAGCUGUGCUGCCAUACCACUGGCCCUUAAACCCUUAAGCAAUCCGGAUCGCGAGUCUGAAACAGGGUCCUCGAUGUUAAAUCAUGGUAACAAGUCAGCACGGGACUGAUAAAAUCAGGGAAUUAGCGGAUUAUUGAGCAGAUUAUCGUUAGUCUUCUCACUCUUCAUUCGCGGGCUGUGGAAACGCAGUCGUGUGUUAAGUUUGACUUCCUUCGCUUUCCACGCCACACGCUAUGAUGCGGACCGUUUCUAAAGAAGUGCCUUUUGAAUUCUGUUUAACGGAAAACGUGACGCACGAAGCCACUUUGCACAAAAUGAGAUGUAUGAUUGAGACAGUUGGCUGGAGAGGCGUGACGUUGGACUGUAAUUUUUUUGGCCCUCGGAAGCCAUUUUGAUUUAAAAAAUAAUGAUAAUAACCAUAAACAAUAAUCUUGUUUAAUACACUAAGUGCACUCUAAGCGUUUAAAAAAAAAAAAAUUGAAGGUAUAUACAUAUAAAUUAGUAUAAUAAUAUAUAUAUGUUUAAUUGCUUAAGCAUAUAGUGGAGGUGAUGAGAUGACUCUCUGAGUGUGGAAUGAGUUCUCUUGUUCAGCAGAAUGGCAGGUUCUCGCAUAAUGCAUGUGGACACUGGUGUAAUUUAUCAGCAAAUUAAAAUUCAGUCUCUCUCUGUUCUUAAUGGGAUAGGAUAGUCAGGUUGUGAUUGAAAAGGAAAAUUGAUUUGUCGUGCGAACAUUAUGAAUGUGCUAAGAUAUUUGACUGUACAGGAACACAAAGGUUCAUUUUUGGGGUGGAAGUCUGUAUUCCAGGGGAUCAUUUUGAAACGGGUUAAAUGUUCUGAGAAGGCUUGAUAUGCUUUGUGGAAUAUCCAGAGUCUAUUUCAGACAGCCCAACUGUGUGGCCUGCUGUCUCCGUAAGAGAACAUAGUCCAUUGCCCCUGAAACCCACAUUAACCCCCCUGUUCACUUUUCCUGUUUACGGACAGCUGAGCUGAAUUUAUCCACAGUUACGUUGUCAUAGAAGAAGUGCGUCUGUCCCCAAAUGUUAAACAAAACCCACAGUAUAACGGUUCAGCUGCAAGUCAGUGCGUAAAAUGAAGUUGCCACUUUCUGUUGCCCCAGACACUUUCUGUUUUAUUCACUUGCCCCUACGGUUAUAUGUUGUGAAUAUUUUUUGCUAAAUCUGAGUGUUUUUAAUUUUUAUUUGUUUUUUUUUUUUUUGCUACUCCUAUCUACCUCACUGUAUGUCCAUAUUACAAUGCAAUGGUGUUUCAUGGAACGGUGGAUUAAGUGAGGUUUGGACGGAAACGAUGCAAACGGUUUGCAGAGUAACGCCCUCGUAUUCCUGAGUCACCACAAUAAUUCUUGCUUUUUAAUCCAUUUCCAUAACAAUUUCAUAAAGCAUAUUUUUCAAGUUAAUCGCUGUUGCGGAAUGAGCGCCCUCGCUCAGUUCUGUUGUUGUGUGUCACGUGGCGAGUCCGAUCUGGCUGAUGAUUGGCUGGAAAGGACAGCCGGUGAGACCCCUCCAAGUGCAACUAAAUAUGCACAGCUGUGUAGCCCCAAACAUGCUAAUGCAGUUUUUCACCUGUUUGAGCUAUACUUUUUUAAGUUAAUCACUAAUUGUGUCGGAUAUUUCAAUGAGUUACCUUGCUUUUCAGUUUGUGUGUGUUUUAUUGUUUAAUUUUAAUUCUAGCAAUUUGAACAUGUCGGGGUCAGUGUGAAUAAGAAUACUUUUCUUUAUUGUUGUUGGACCAUUUCAUUCCCUUGAUACUGUGUGCGGAAUGUGACUUAACUUUCCAAUUUUGAGGGUUCAGUGUUAAAUAGAAGCAGCGUAAAAGUGAUAUAUCCCACAAUAUCACGUUAAUGCUUUAUUAUUAAUGUAUUCAUCGACGUUAUGAUUUACUUUCUGCUUUAAUAUUCAAUUUGUAAACUGGCCCUCUACUCAUUCAAAACGAUCCCAGUUCAUAACCAUUUCUGAACGCCCCUCCCCCCGCUUGUCCACUUAUACAUGUGUUAUUUUACCACUGCAGGAAAUGAGUUUUUUUUUUUUUGGAGAUCUGUGAUUUGGUUUGUCAUUGAUUGUUUUUUUCUUUUUUCUUUUUUUUUUUUAAUGGCACAGUCAUUUAACGUUGAGUCCGGCAGCAUUCACCUCUAUGCCUUCUGGGUGAGGCCCUCACACGCACACACGUAAUGUAGCCUUUUCUCAGGUGACUCAACCUAGCAACACAGUAUGAAAUAUCCUAUCCAAUGAGGUGGGUGGAGUUUACAUGACCGCCCUGUUUUGUAUCAGUUGUCGUUCCUGGAAAUAAAAUAAAUCAUUUUAAAUGAAAAA